AUGUCUGCCGACGAGUUGGAGCGAUACUCGAAGUUGGUCUCCAACCAGCGGUCAAAACUGUCAAUUCCGCAGAAGAUUGAGAUGUAUGGACUUUGGCGUGUGGCGACCCAGGGUAAAUGCACGCUCAAGCAGCCGUCCCGCACGAACUUGCUGCAGUACCGCAAGUGGACUGCGUGGAAGAAGUACGAGCACCUUACUCAGCAAGACGCCCGUGAGCUCUUUGUUGAGAAGGCAAAGGCUAUCAUUAAAAAGAGUCCGUCCAAGCUGUGA